AUUUCUCAUUUUAAGCUGUAUAUCAGUUGCAAACUCACAUUUUCUUUGCUAGAGAUCUCAAAGUCUUAAAGCUACCUUCUUACCUACAAGAUGGCUUUCUCUCACGGACUUGUCUUUGCGCCAGUGUUGAUUGCUUUUGCUUGCCUUUACUCGGGGGCUCGGUCACAAGAUGUAUGUGUCAUCUACGGAAAAACGUACAAGGCUGGGGAGAGUUUCAUAGAUGAAGGUUGCACCGCCAAAUGUCAGUGUCACUCGGGAGGUGGCAUAUCCUGUGUUUCUCUUUGCCCACCUAGCCGAGUAGCCUGUAAGGUUGGCGAAACGAUCAAAUACAAGAAAGAUCCCGUCGCUAGCAGUGAUGGGCGCUGCUUCUGCUCCGUUCCAUAUUGUGCAAAAGCCAACGUUUGUGAUGUCGAUGGCGUGAAGUACGAAGCUGGUCAACGCUUCACCAAUAAAGCUUGCACAGGUCAAUGUACUUGUCAUUCAGGCGGACAUAUCUCGUGCGUGUCCCUCUGUCCACCCCAUCAAAUUCUCUGUCCCCCAGGCAAAAAAGAGUCUUCUAAGAAAGUUCCAGCAGGCAACGAUGGGCGCUGUUUCUGUGAUUUUCCCAUCUGCGUUUAGCUCAGUGARGGAAAAAACUAACGAAGAUAUGAAGAAGUUACAUGAUACAAGCAGUAGAUGAUGAAUUGUAGAACCGAAUAGUGUAUUAAAAGGCAUAAAACGAUA